AGCGGGACAGCGGCACAGCCGUAUGGCCGUAUGGCCGCAUGGCCGUACUGUGUCCAGCGUUUGUGGCGCGCCAGCAUUCAGUACGCCCGCAGAGACGCUGAGCCGUGGAAGAGACCGCAAUAAUAAAUUUGCACGCCGCAUUUACUUUUGACACGCGUAUUCGUUAAGCAACUUAAGUUUGCUUUGCUUUGCUUUUUUUUUUGGGUUUCCAAUUUUUGUGUGUGCAGUGUGUCGACAUGUCGGCGACAAUGACCAAUCUGGCCGCCGUGGUCAAGGAGGCAAAGGAUGAGGAAAUCGAAGUGCCCAAAUCGCACGACUUCUUCGAGUCGAGAACCUUCAAGCUGCUGACAUUAAUGCUCUAUAUGGGCGGCGUUAGCGGCAUGGGCCUGUCGCUGGCGGUUUACUAUCUGUUCAUCUGGGAUUCGCGCAUGCCGCCGCUGCCCGUGUUCAAGCACACGCAUCCCAUUGGCUAGGCGAGAGAGAGAGAGAGAGGGAGAGAGCACGAGCAGCAACCAUAGUAAUCAAGAAAUUUCGG